AUGCUUUGGGUAUGGGGAAUAUUCGCCAUCAUCGGAACGGCAAUAGGUCAGAGUCCUGUCUUCAAGAGAUUCGAAUAUAAGCAUUCGUUCCGUGCACCGAAUCUGGCUCAGCGAGACGGUUCCAUACCCUUUUGGAUGGUGUCUGGAGAUGCGAUCGCGUCCAGUGACCAGUUACGUCUUGCUCCUUCGAUGCGCAGUCGUAAAGGUAUUGCAUGGAAUAAACGACCAAUGACUGAAAGCGAGAACUUCCAGAUUGAUGUCAGCUUAAAGAUUACCGGUCAAGGGCGUAUAGGUGCAGAUGGAAUGGCAAUAUGGUAUACAGCCCAGAUGGGUGCAUUAGGUCCGGUUUUUGGUGCCAACGAUUUCUGGACCGGAAUGGGUAAGUAUUGA